CAAAGUAUAAUUGAACCCCAGAAAGCUACAGCGGCAUUCUCCCUUCGCCUUUUAGCCCAUUCCUCAAUUCGGCUUGUGCUUCGGUUCCACGCUUCCUCGCCACAAGAUGCGCGUGGGCCAGCGCGCAGGGCCGCGCAACCAUGUCGCUUCAUCAACAUCAAUUAAACGCGUGGGUCGCGUCACGCGCGGCAGGAUACUUUGCGCUGCAACGGGCGCGGUGCCAGAUGCGAGCGUCGUCGUAAUAGGAGGCACCGGCCGUGUGGGUUCCUCGACGGCAUCAGCGCUAAUUAAAGAGUUUCCGAAUUUGAAAAUUACGCUUGCCAGUCGCAGCGAAAUGUCCUAUCAGGCAGCGGUUUCCCGGCGACCUGAGCUGUCCAAGGCUUCGUUUCAGACUGUCGACAUCACCGACGCUGAUUCUGUGAAGUCCCUGCUUCGCUCCUCCUCCGCCGACCUAGUCAUCCACACCGCCGGCCCCUUCCAGCGCUCAGCCAACUACUCCGUACUGCAAGCGGCACUCGACCGCCGUACAGCCUACAUCGAUGUAUGCGACGACACACACUAUGCGGAGGGCGCCAAGGCCACCUACUCCGCCCCCGCUGCUGCCGCGGGUGUCCCCGCCAUCAUAUCCGCCGGCAUCUACCCCGGCACGUCCAACGUCAUGGCGGCGCACAUCAUCUCCAUUGCGAGGGGGGAGUACGACAGCGAAUGGAACUACCGUACACCCGCGCCGGGUGAUGGCAUCGACCCCCAGCGGCUGCGCUACAGCUACUACACGGCGGGCAGCGGCGGCGCGGGCCCCACCAUCCUGGAGACCAGCUUCCUGCUGGCCGGGGAGCCGGUGGUGGUGUUCAAGGACGGACAGCAGCUCAGUCUGCCGCCCGUGAGCGAGCGGAGGGAGGUGGACUUUGGGCCAGGUAUCGGCCGCAAGGGCGUCUACCUGUACAACCUGCCCGAGGUAGUCUCCGCGCACAAGGCCAUGCGAGUACCCAGCGUGUCGGCGCGGUUCGGGACCGACCCAUGGUUCUGGAACUGGGCCAUGUGGCUCACCGCGCGCCUCAUACCGCGGCGCCUGCUGAACGACCGCACCUUUGUGAAGGCCUUUGCGGCGCUGUCGGACCCGCUGGUCAGGAACGUGGACAAGAUUGUAGGGGAGGCGGUGGCCAUGCGUGUGGAGGUUGACCUGGAGGGUGGUAAGAACUCGUGCGGCAUCUUCACCCACCGGCUGCUGUCGCAGGCCAUGGGCUACAGCACCGCCGCGUUCGCCCAGAGCGUGUUGCAGGGCAAGACGCAGCCGGGGGUGUGGUACCCGGAGGAGCAGGGGGCGCUGCAGGACCGGCGGCAGUUCCUGCAGUUCGCCUCCACCGGCUGCUCCCGAUUCGACCUGAACCGCUCCGCAUGGGCGCUGGAGAGCGAGGUACGGCAGAUCGGGGGGCUCAUCUACUGGUGAGGGCGAGGUACGGCAGAUCGGGGGGCUCAUCUACUGGUGAGGGCGAGGUACGGCAGAUCGGGGGGCUCAUCUACUGGUGAGAGCGGAUGAGUGGGUCAGGCGGUGGGAGGGCCAGGGGUGGCGAAUGGCGGUUAGUGGAUGACAGCAGCACGGCUCAGCGAGUGGGUUUGUUUGAGGGUGUAGUGGUGUUGAGGGGAAGGAAUAGGUGGGCAGGUGUGGGUCAGCACUGUGUUUCGCUUCGGCGUUGACGCGUCUUUGACUGUAGCGACGUGGUUAGCCAGACCCGACCAAGCGGAUGUGGGUCGUCCUCGGCUGCUUAACGACCCAGCAGGUCGCUUGCUGGCCCUCUCGUUCUGGUAUGUGUAUCUUCAUGACGCAAUUUUGACGAGCGUUACUGCAUUUACGGCCAUUGAGAGGCGUGAGAGCACAAGUUAGGGGCUGUCGAGACGGAUGAGUAUAGGUUUCGCAAGCUGCAAAUUGACUAGGGGCGCUUUCCCGUUGACGGACUCUGAUUUAGGGACCCUCUUAACUUUCCUGGCUGAACUGUUCGUACAUAGUGGGACAAUGGACAACAUUUGGGGCGACAGCGAGAUGGGGACCUGUACGGCAGUACGAACCCUGUCGUACAGAGCCCUGUUGAAGGUUUUUGAGGCAGACUUGGAGGCACACCACGAGGCUGGAUAUAGAGAAUCCCACGUUACCUAAACACUCUUGUAAGGAUGUGCCUGUCGCACAUUACGACUACAUUGUACAACCUCUUCCAUAC